UUGCAGCCCACAGUCCUUUCCAGCUGCAUUAUGUCUGUGAAGCAGUUGUGCUACAUUGGUUUCCAUGUUCCUGAGAAGCAGCAGCUGGCCAAGAACCUAGUACAAAAGUUUGGCUUUGAACUGUUUGCUGCACGGGUGACAGCAUGGAGCAAGCAGCUGGCCUUGAGAAGAGGAGCUGCUGUCUUUGUUGUCAAUGAGAGGCUAAAGGCAGCAAGAGAAAUUCCACUUAUGUUCUCUUCUAGUCCCUACAAGGAUCAAAUAAUUUUGUAUGAUGCGGAUCUGGAGUAUGCAGUCAGCACAGCUUCCAACAUUUGUUUUGAGAUGGAGAACAUACCUGGCAUCUCCCAGAGCCUUCAGGAACAAGGUUGCCAAAUGCUUAUCCCUCCUACUAAUGUAGCAGAUGAGGGUGGUUGUGUCACUUAUGCAGUGGUGAGAUCCAUUUUGGGCAAUAUCAACCAUACUCUGCUUGACCGAUCGCAGUAUUGUGGACCUUUCCUGCCUGGCUUUCAUGGUGUAGAGGGUUCCUCUAAAGACUUGAAAGGAGCUGGGGAGGUCACACAUUUUGACCACAUCACCUAUGCUUGUCCCCCAGGUAGUUCUCAAGAAGUACUGGAUUGGUACAAGAAAUGUUUUGGUUUCCAGCGUUUCUUUGUCCACCAACAAGAUGCUGCUGAAGGUUACAGUAUCCAGGGAGCUGGCAUGGGCCUCCGUCUUACUGCCAUGCAUUGCAAUGGGAGUGGCUUGACUCAGCUAGAUCAUGACUGUAAGCUUGUUCUGGCUGAGUCAUUGCCACAGCAAAGGAAGAACCAGGUAGAUACUUUCUUAGAGCAGCAUGGAGGGGCCGGCAUCCAGCAUGUGGCACUCUACACAGCAGAUAUCAUAAGAACUGCUGCAGCCAUGGCAAAGUCUGGUGCAAACUUUGUAGAACCACCCUUAACCUACUACAAUGAGAAUGGCAGAGCGAGAGAGAUACAGCUUGUUGGGCAGGAUCCUGAUCUUCUGGAACACUAUGGCAUCCUCCUGGAUUCUGAGGUAGCUGGGGAAGGCGGCAACAUCAGUCCAAACCCUCGUGGUAAACAAUUCCUGAUGCAGAUAUUCACUAAACCUCUCUUUGCAGAGGACACCUUCUUCCUAGAGCUCAUAGAACGAUGUGGGGCUGUAGGUUUUGGUGAGAGAAACAUCCGUGCUCUUUGGCAAGCAGUGCAGAACUACAUGGACAAGCAGUAGCGACUGACUUCAG